AACUGAGUCGUGAAGGGGGUGAUGUCAUCACAACACCAGGGCCUGCGUGGGGUGUUAUUCCGGUUAUACCACAGAAAAACAUUUCAGUUUAGCGUUCCUUCUGCUGGGGGAGGAAAUGGGAGUUGAGAUCUCUUAACACUGAAUUAGUGGCUCAACAUUUACAGUAAGAGCUUUCCCAUAAAGUUUAGGAAAGACAUGGAGAGAGAGAGGGAGAGAGGAGAGGCCGCGGUUGUUGACACCAGGCGGAAUAUGGCUGUGCUGGAUUGUUAUUUUAGAAGGAAACACACACGGAUCUAACUCGUCCCAGGAUGAAGUCAACGAGACUUGGCGCACUGUCGGUCGCCCUGCUUGUUGUGGGAAACAUUACGACUUCUAUCGCUCUCUCUGUUGUCAAACAGCUUGAUUGUACCCACGACUUCGACAGGAUGUCCUGUGACUUGGACGCACCAACCUGCUCUGGAUACAGCCUGACGCUCCGGUGCCUCAGCCCUAACGACUUAGCAUCUUGCAUUUUCAAGCAGUGCGACAGGGGAAAGUGUUGUUGCUCUACUCAGAUGACUCUUAUCUAUGGGGAAGAUCACAAUGCAACAGUUUGGAAAGGAGAUGAAAACUUGGCCUCCAAAAUCAUCAGCGUGGCCGAUAGAUUUAAGCCCAGAGUCCCAACAGAUGUCACAGUGGAGGAAUCCAACGGGAAUUUUAAAGUCACCUGGAGGACGAACAUGGAUCACAGGCCCAGUGUCAGAGACGACUUGAGAGCUAUUGUGACUUAUCGUAUAAAAGGGGACACAGCACAGGUAUCUGAACCUUUCAAACCAACUACAGUCAUGGAUGGACUGAGAUACCAUGAAAUAAAUGGGAAACACCUGAAGCCAAGUACAACAUAUUUGGUCAGUGUGAGAAGCGUGUACUGGAACAACCUCUCCAGCGACAGCAGCCAAGAGGUGGAGUUCACAACGUCUAUGUCCCCUGACGUUCCACGCCUGGCUAUCAUCAUCAGCCUCAGUAUUGCAGCAGUCAUCAUCAGCGGGGUCAUAUAUGGCUGUUUUGCAAAGGCCAAAACAGUGUGGUGGGACUCAGUUGCCAAAUGUCCAAAUCCAAGACUUCUUGAUAUACAUCCACGCAUGGAAGAGGUCUUGAAGCCGGUCGGACCUCUCUUAUCCACUAUCUCUGUUGAGCCUCUUAUUCCAGACGAUAGCAAAUCAUGGUCAAAGGGGUCACUGCAUGACAGCAGCAGCGGGAGCAGUGGAAUCAGCACUGGCUCCUCUUGUACCAGCUACGCUAACACGGAGCCUGUUGACAUUGUAGCCGGUGUUGAGGAAGCCCUUCGUAAAGCCUUCCCCAAUAUAAGCCCCAUAUCACCUUUGACCACCAGCCCAUUUCAAGAAAUGAACCCAACCAUCGAUCUGAUCUCCUCUCCCUACAACCUUUGUGAUGUCAGAGCUGAUGACGUGAAUUCUGGAUCAUCUGGCUUUGACAACAAAACCUACUCCAUCCUCAUCCCGAACCUCCCACAUCUGACUCUGCUGGAGAGCUCUGAGGUCCAGAUGCAGUGUGACUCCGCGUACCAUCCUAGUCAGGGUGACACUGUGAUCUGUGCUGACCAACAGAUUCAGGCUUGUCCGCUUAUUACUUUCCCCCCAGCGGCUUCAUCUCUUAUCCCAAUGGACAUGUCCUAUCAGCAGUGCAGUUCAGAUUCUGGGACAUUUUCCUGUGCAGAAGACUCCAGUUUGUCCUCCAGCUCUAGCAGCACCAACCCAAUUGCGCCAUGUGAUCCUGCAUUCAGGGUUGAGAACGGGUGUGAGAGGUCUGAUGAGACGUUCGGCGAUGCUGCAAAGCUAAAUGGAACACAUGAAGUGGCCAUUAAGUGCGAUGAAAAUCCCUGCUACGGCUGUGUGCCCGCAGUUUCACACAGCCUCCCUCCAGUGAACGACGACUAUCAGGCAUUUCAGAAUCUGGUGGGGCAGCCCGACAUUUUGUUCGCAGAGCAGCGGAGCGAUGAGGAAGAGGAACAUCUGGACAAAUAUCCAGAGGAUUCAAUCAGUGAGAUGCCUGAAAUAUCCUUAAACCCAACUGGUCCAGGUUUCUUUGAUAAUUUCCAGGGUGCAAAGUGUCUCCCUGAACUGGAAAGACCUCUCACUGGCUCCUCUUGUACCAGCUACGCUAACACGGAGCCUGUUGACAUUGUACCCGGUGUUGAGGCCCUUCGUAAAGCCUUCCCCAAUAUAAACCCCAUAUCACCUUUGACCACCAGCCCAUUUCAAGAAAUGAACCCAACCAUCGAUCUGAUCUCCUCUCCCUACAACCUUUGUGAUGUCAGAGCUGAUGACGUUAAUUCUGGAUCAUCUGGCUUUGACAGCAAAACCUACUCCAUCCUCAUCCCGAACCUCCCACAUCUGACUCUGCUGGAGAGCUCUGAGGUCCAGAUGCAGUGUGACUCCGCGUACCAUCCUAGUCAGGGUGACAUUGUGAUCUGUGCUGACCAACAGAUUCAGGCUUGUCCGCUUAUUACUUUCCCCCCAGCGGCUUCAUCUCUUAUUCCAAUGGACAUGUCCUAUCAGCAGUGCAGUUUAGAUUCUGGGACAUUUUCCUGUGCAGAAGACUCCAGUUUGUCCUCCAGCUCUAGCAGCACCAACCCAAUUGCGCCAUGUGAUCCUGCAUUCAGGGUUGAGAACGGGUGUGAGAGGUCUGAUGAGGCAGUCGGCGAUGCCGCGAAGCUAAAUGGAACACAUGAAGUGGCCAUUAAGUGCGAUGAAAAUCCCUGCUACGGCUGUGUGCCCGCAGUUUCACACAGCUUCCCUCCAGUGAAUGACGACUAUCAGGCAUUUCAAAAUCUGGUGGGGCAGCCCGACAUUUUGUUCACAGAGCAGCGGAGCGAUGAGGAAGAGGAACAUCUGGACAAACAUCCCGAGGAAUCAAUCAGUGAGAUGCCUGAAAUAUCCUUAAACCCAACUGGUCCAGGUUUCUUUGAUAAUUUCCAGGGUGCAAAGUGUCUCCCUGAACUGGAAAGACCUCUCACUGGCUCCUCUUGUACCAGCUACGCUAACACGGAGCCUGUUGACAUUGUUGCCGGUGUUGAGGAAGCCCUUCGUAAAGCCUUCCCCAAUAUAAGCCUGAUAUCACCUUUGGCCACCAGCCCAUUUCAAGAAAUGAACCCAACCAUCGAUCUGAUCUCCUCUCCCUACAACCUUUGUGAUGUCAGAGCUGAUGACGUUAAUUCUGGAUCAUCUGGCUUUGACAGCAAAACCUACUCCAUCCUCAUCCCGAACCUCCCACAUCUGACUCUGCUGGAGAGCUCUGAGGUCCAGAUGCAGUGUGACUCCACAUACCAUCCAAGUCAGGGUGACAUUGUGAUCUGUGCUGACCAACAGAUUCAGGCUUGUCCGCUUAUUACUUUGCCCCCAGCGGCUUCAUCUCUUAUUCCAAUGGACAUGUCCUAUCAGCAGUGCAGUUUAGAUUCUGGGACAUUUUCCUGUGCAGAAGACUCCAGUUUGUCCUCCAGCUCUAGCAGCACCAACCCAAUUGCGCCAUGUGAUCCUGCAUUCAGGGUUGAGAACGGGUGUGAGAGGUCUGAUGAGGCAGUCGGCGAUGCCGCAAAGCUAAAUGGAACACAUGAAGUGGCCAUUAAGUGCGAUGAAAAUCCCUGCUACGGCUGUGUGCCCGCAGUUUCACACAGCUUCCCUCCAGUGAACGACGACUAUCAGGCAUUUCAAAAUCUGGUGGGGCAGCCCGACAUUUUGUUCACAGAGCAGCGGCGCGAUGAGGAAGAGGAACAUCUGGACAAAUAUCCAGAGGAUUCAAUCAGUGAGAUGCCUGAAAUAUCCUUAAACCCAACUGGUCCAGGUUUCUUUGAUAAUGUCCAGGGUGCAAAGUGUCUCUCUGAACUGGAAAGACCUCUCCUCUCUUUGUUAUCUACCGGCCAGUCAAUGCCAGUGUUCACAGAAGGCGGCUAUCAAAGUGUGUAACGCUGAAGUUUUGAUACAGUCAUUUUUGGGGGGCUUAUGUAUUAUAAACGUUGUUGAGAUAUGUUGAAAAUACGAGGGAGGAAGAGGACAGAUCGGACUGAUGGUGUUCGAAAAUCUGCACUGUGACUUCUCUCCUCUCACCACAAGCUGGUUUGCAUUUCCCCGACGACGCCUGCUGAUGAAGAUUGUUUGAUAGUGACAUGACUGUAAUGUGAUUUAAGGAAAUCACAUCUUUGCACUUUAGGAUCAGUUGCUUUGUUUCUACUGUGUUUAAACACCCGAGCCUGUACAUAGAGAAACAGAAGAAAAUGUGAAAAAAAUCCCAGCUGCAGUUAGUUCAUGUAUUUCACAUAUUCAAUAAGUCCUUUGAUUUUCACAUGCAAAUGGAGAUAACUCGUGGGGAGUGUAAGUUUCUCAAGUGUCUGGAAUCGUGCUCUGCUCAUCCAGUCAUUAGUAUCUCAGUGAAAUGUGAUCUAACAGUGGAGCCAUUUCUUGUGGAGUGUUUGAUCCGUCUGUUGAGUCCCAACACAGAAAAAUGCGUCACACAGGACGUUAUUCUCCUCACAGCAAAAACACGUAGCUUAAGAGGAACUUGUGUCUGUGUGAAUAAGUUAAGUCAUGCUUGUAUUCUUAAGUGAAAGUGAAAAACCUGUUACAUUAGAGUGCAUUGUUUUGGUAAUACAUAUAUAAUGAUAAUAAUAUUUCAAAGAAAAGUUGUUUAUAUUAUCGAAUGUGAAUUUUCCUGAGUUGUGUUUGCUUCAGAGAGACACUGCUGGGUUUCUUGAUUGUUGUUUCAUUGCAUAAGGAGCGAUUUCUAUUGACUUCAGUUAUAUUGUUGUCACAAAAUAUAUCUCAUAUACAUCUGCAGAUAACUCUAAACACAACUGAAUGGCAAGAUUAAACUGACCCCAGGCGGCCGGCAUUAUGAGGAACUUGCGAAAGACCAAACAUGUUUUAACUGUCCCAGAGACAAUUUCCUUUAUGUGUUUAUUGUUUAUGUUUGCAUAAUCAUUAAAGUUCAGAAAGUCAUUAAUAGGUUUAAUAGGAAAUGUGUCUAAAAGGCACUCACAUAGGUCUGUUUAAAAGUAUGUUGCUCUUCAUGUAAGCGCUUUACUGCAGAGUGUGAUGUGAUGUGAUGUCAUUAAGUCUGUGAAUUAACCAUGAUAGAGGUCAGUAUUGAAUUCAGUCUUUAGCCAAUCACACGACAGCGUUUCUGAUCAAGCCACUGUGAGUUGCUUCACAAAAUGUCUUCCUGCUGAUCCUGUGACAGUGAACUUCAUAAAGGUGCCACUCCUUCAUCAUUUUGUGUGAAAUGAGGAACUGAUGGCUCAAAGAAAUCAUCACAUGUGACAAAAAAUAUCAAAUAUAUUUGUAUUGAUCGUCAGUGUCAGCAGCUGUAGAUUCAACUUUUGUCUAAAGUUUGUUAAACAUGCAUUCUAAAGUUCAUUUAACUUUAAAUCAUAGAAAGAAGAAAACUUAAUAGAAGAUGUUAAGGGAGCUAUUCAAUCUAAAUUAAGUUCACUGAAAUAUUUAAGGCAGCGAUUGAACAGCCACAGUAAAAGUUUUACUUUAGUCUUAAAGUGUCUAUUUUGAUCUAAAGAACAAAUAAAAAUAAAUGAUACAUGUAUUCACAUGUAUGUAUGUAUAUACUGUAUACUGUGUCGACUGAUUGUCAGAUCUGAUAUUUUUCUGAUUAUCCGAAUUAAUUAAAUAAAUAAACAUCUUCUUCCUUUG